AUGGAAGAACAAAAAGAAGAAGCCUCUUCUGAAAGGACAUUAAGUAGUGAUGGAUUCAAUCCUAACCAACUUGAGGAUAAUGAAGAUGAGUGGGUAAUUAACCUUGACGAAAUUAAUCCUGAUGAAUCAGCUAGUAAUAUUUCAGAGACUAGUCAGGCUUUCAUAGGAAGAAUCACAUGA